AUGAAGACGAUAACGAAGAAACAGAAAGCACUUCAGACCAUCCAAUCUGGCUAUCAGUGCCUCUAUGAACAGCUUCAAGCCUCUUUCAACUGUAGUCCCGACGAGGAGGCAAAUGACGAAAAGAAGACGGAAAAUGUUGGAGACGCUGCGGAGAUGCGCAAACUGGCCGCACGGGCCACCGUAGGCCUGCCUCUCUCUCUCUCUCCAUUAUUCAGCGCGCUGGCUUUCCGCGACACUGGAAGUCUGGUAUCUUCAACGACGACGAGAGACAUGGCCGACUCGCUGUUGGAGCUGCUGGCUCCACGUUUGGAGAAACCACAGCCAAACGAUGCUACAACAUCGCAGUAUCUCAAUCGCCUAUCCACUUUGUCUUUGGACGCCCUCCAAACCACCGAACCACAGUCCCUGGCCCAAUCCUCCCAUUCAACACUCCUUUCACUCCAGGCCCUAUCCAACCGCUCUCACCGGUCCUUUAUUACCUCUGCCGACCAUCUCUCUACUUUGCGCUCCUCCGUCCCACAGUUGACCCGCGAAGCACAACAAUUACGCGAUGCUAUCCCCAAGCUCGACGAAGCGGCCGUCAAGUUCUCCACCAAAUACAGCAAGAUUACAGAUAAUGCCGCCUUGGAACGGAGGAAAAAGGCCAUGCAGCUAGCACGCAAUGUUGACCGACUGUCUGAUAUCCUCGAAUUGCCUUCUCUGUUGUCUACUGCGGUGUCUGCCGCGUCCGCCAAUUCUGGCGCGGGGGCAGCCUCUACCACAUAUUCCUCAGCCCUCGACCUACAUGCACAUAUUAAGCGACUACAGACAUUAUACCCCGAGUCACCAUUAAUCCAAGAUGUGGCGUCCCAGGCGGAAGAUGUUAUGAAGCAAAUGACAACGAAUUUGAUCGCCGGCCUUCGCGCCCAGAACCUCCGGUUAGCAGCGGGUAUGCGAACUGUAGGCUGGCUGCGGCGAGUGGCACCGGAUUUGGAGAGUUUUCAAAGUCAGGGAGCAGCAGGUACCGGAGAAGGAGCGCUGGGCGCCAUUUUCUUAAUUUGCCGCUUGGCCCACUUGGUGUCGACCCUGGAAGCCUUGGAUCCUCUCCGGGAGCUUGCUGAUCAAGAAACCCAGCGGCGAGUCCAUGGCAAGGACAAGUCUGAAACUUGGUCUGAUGGACAGCAGACAGACCGCUACCUGAAACGGUACAUUGAGAUCUUCCGUGAGCAGAGCUUUGCCAUUGUCUCCCUGUACAAGAAUAUCUUCAGCUCGGAACAGUCAGACUCCGAACCCGCCGUUUCAGGCCUCCGGGGCGCCGAGGCGCGCAAGGCCCAGUCCCAGUCAGCACGAUCGAAUGAUCCGCUACAAAGACUCCCCUCCGCCUUGGCGACAUUCCCGAUGCACCUGGUGCAAUUACUCACAGAUACCAUGCGCGCAUAUCUUCCUAAUGUUCGGGAUCGCAGCUCGAGGGAGAGUCUGCUGACGCAGCUGCUGUACUGUGCGGCUAGUCUAGGCCGAUUAGGAGGCGACUUUGGCAUGAUUCUGACGGAGCUGGACGGGGAGGAAGAUAUCACGUAUGAAUGGGAAGAUGUGAUGCGUAAGCAUCGGGCGCUGGCUGGACGUCUGGAGCAACUGACGAGUCGAGUACCGGUGCAUUGA